UGUGUACAUCGCUUUUGGUGUGUCAGCAUUAAGAACUCAUUUCCUCUUUCUUUCCAAAUUUUGACGGCAAACGGUCGAGAUGGCAUCGAAAGUUUCGCGUGAUACGCUGUACGAAGGCGUCAAUGGACUCCUUGAUGCUUCGGCUAAGAAGAAGCGCGGUUUCCUUGAGACUGUGGAGCUGCAAAUCGGCCUGAAGAACUACGAUCCCCAGAAGGACAAGCGUUUCUCCGGCACCGUCAAGUUGAAGCACAUUCCCCGUCCCAAGAUGAAGGUGUGCAUCCUUGGCGAUCAGCAGCAUUGCGAUGAGGCUAAGGCCAACAACGUCGAUUUCAUGGAUGCCGAGGCCCUGAAGAAACUGAACAAGAACAAGAAGCUGGUGAAGAAGCUGGCCAAGUCCUAUGAUGCCUUCCUGGCCUCCGAAUCGUUGAUUAAGCAGAUUCCCCGUCUGCUUGGCCCUGGCUUGAACAAGGCCGGCAAGUUCCCUGCCCUGCUGUCGCAUCAGGAGUCUAUGAUCGGCAAGAUCGAGGAAGUCAAGUCGACCAUUAAGUUCCAGAUGAAGAAGGUUCUGUGCUUGUCCGUCGCCGUCGGUCAUGUUGGCAUGAAGUCGGACGAGCUGGCCCAAAAUAUCAACCUGUCGAUUAACUUCUUGGUGUCGCUGCUGAAGAAGAACUGGCAGAACGUGCGCUCUCUGCACGUCAAGUCCUCCAUGGGCCCACCCCAGCGUCUGUACUAAAUAACGCUGCGUUUAUUUUUUAACAUCUUAAAAUAAAUGAGACCUUACAUUUUUAUAAUGUAA